AUGAAAGAUAAAAAAGGUCGCGGUGCAAAAUUAGUGAAAUGCUACGUUUGCUUAUUCAUUUGUUUUUGUACAAAAGCCGUGCACACUGAGUUGGUCACAGAUUUGUCUACGGAAUCAUUCAUAUUGUCCUUAAGACGAUUCGUAUCUCGAAGAGGUAAACCCCGUCAAAUUUGGUCCGAUAAUGGGAGGAAUUUCGUAGGCGCAAAUUCGGAAUUAAGGGCACUAGGUACCUUUUUAGACAAAAAUAAAGAUUUACUUUGUGAGGCAUUUACUAAAGACGAAAUCCAUUGGCAGUUUAUUCCCGCGCAUUCGCCUCACUUUGGAGGCCUAUGGGAGGCAGGAAUAAAAUCAGUUAAGUAUCAUUUAAAACGUGUAGUUGGUGAACAACAUUUUACGUUUGAGGAGUUAUACACCAUACUUGUUCAGAUAGAAGCUAUUUUGAACUCGCGACCUAUAUCUCCCUUAUCCACCAACCCCGAUGACCUGUUUCCUUUAACCCCGGCUCACUUCAUCCUGGGAAGGACUACAGGCGAGGUGCCAGAUCCUGAUGUUACGCAUAUACAGCAACACAAACUGUCUCAAUUUCAAAAAAUUCAAAACGUCAAGCAGCAUUUUUGGAAACGAUGGAACGUGGAAUACGUGGCAGAGUUGCAGCGCAGAAAGAAAUGGACUACAAAUGAUCAACGGGUGCUGGAACCAGGAAUGUUGGUUCUGAUUAAAGAAGAUAACAUCCCACCAAUGAAGUGGAUGCUUGGUCGAGUGUUAUCUGUGUCCAGAGACGUUCAUGGUGUUUCUAGAGUGGCUACGUUGAAGACACAGCGUGGUGAAGUCAAAAGGGCAUUCUCCAAACUAUGUCCUUUACCCAUCCACGACUAA